GGAUUGGAUUCAUGGAUAUCCACUAAAUCACUAACCUAUACCAAAAAUCAAAACAAAACAGUCGGAGCCUGAGCCCUGAAGCAGUCGGAGCCGUGGUGGGCAGGGGCCAGGGAGUGAUUCCGGCGAGCUGCUGUGCCCUCCCCUCCUCCCUCCCAAAACCGUCUCCCAACUCUGCAUCCUCUCCAACCGAUUCUACUCCGCCUGGAAUUCCACCCCUUCUCUUUCCUUCCACCACUCCGACGCCGGCCGCGGCGGAGUCGGACAAGAGGAGGAGAAGCGAGAGCGAUUCAUCGACUACAUCAGCUCCACCCUCGCCCGCCGCGCCCCUUCCUUCACCCUCGACGAAUUCCGAAUCCAAGCCCCCGCCCUCGCCCUCCCCUCCUCCCCCGCCUACCACGACGACCGCGUCGCCGCCACUCUCCCCCUCUUGAACCCACCUCGUCAGUCGUCGCCUCCAAAAACCACUGCGACCUCGCCGCCUCUCUCACCCUCUCUCACCCACCUCGUCGCUUCCUAUUCCAGACAACACCGUUCGCGCCGCCUCCUAUCCAGACCCACCUCGUCGCCUCCUUCACGAAGGUCAGAAACUCGCCUUCCUCUCCAUCAUUUCUCGGCCAGCUCCAUCAAGGAACGUUAAUCACUCCAUUCGCCCAAACCCACGAACUGAAAUUUUGUUCGUUGCUUCUCCGCUCCGCCGUCUCAAAGGUUGAACAGGUACUUUCUAAUCGAACCUCUUCCCCAUUGUUUCACCAUUGGAAUUUCUGAUUUUGUGAAUUCUUGCAGACUUGCAGUGAACUUGCGUCGGCGCAGGGUUAGUUCAGUUCUCCCGCUUAAUCUUAACUCUAUAUAUAGGAUGUCUAGUCAACAAAUGAAUGUUAUGGGAAAUGAUGAUGGUGGUAGUUCUGGAGAUGAGGCUCAUUUUGCAGCAAUGUCGACGUCUACGGUUCGAACAAGUGUUCAACGAAAGCGACAAAGAACUUCUAAGGCAUGGGAGACAUUUACUUUUAUCCCUGGGAAUCAGUUUGCAGAUAAUAUAUCAAGAGCACAGUGCAAAAACUGUCCCAAGCUUUAUGUGGUUGGUAAAGGUAUUUCUAAUCUCACUCGUCAUAGUUUUAAGUGUAUUGGACGUGCAAUUGAAGUGCCAGUGUCGAAUGUUGGAAGCUCAAAAGCAAUAGAUCAAAAUAGAUUUAAGGAGCUAAUGGCUAUGGCUAUCAUAAAACAUGGGUAUGAAUUUGCAAUGAUUGAGCAUGGUGGACUUCAGGAUGUGAUGGCCUACUUGAAUGAUGAUUUUAAGUCAUUUACUCGGAACACUGCUAAGUCACAUUGUUUGAAGAUUCAUAAGAGGGAAAAGGAAAAAUUGAAAACUAUCUUGAGCAAGGUUCCUGGCAGGCUUUGUUUGACUUGUGACUUGUGGACUUCUUGUGCUACAGAAGGAUACCUUUGUCUCACGGUUCAUUAUGUGGAUUUUGAAUGGAGGUUAAAUACUAAGAUCUUAAACUUCUGUCACAUUCCCCCUCCACAUAGUGCAAUAGUUUUGUUUCUAGCUAUAUAUGAUUUGUUGAAAGAGUGGCAAAUUGAGAAGAAAAUUUUCUCAAUUACAUUGGAUAAUGCCAGAUGCAAUGAUGUUAUGCAAAGUUUGUUGAUCGAUAAAUUGAAAGAAGAUGAUGCUUUGGUAUGUGAUGGAGAAUAUUUUCAUAUCCGUUGUGGAGCUCAUAUUCUAAACUUGAUUGUGAAUGAAGGGUUAAAACAAAUUCGUGCUUCAAUAGAUGUAAUUAGGGAGUGGGUGAAAUAUGUCAAAGGGUCUGAAUCUCGAAUGAUUGUCUUUGAAGAUUGUGCAAAAAGAAGUAAUUGUUUGAUAUCUAAAGGAUUGUGGUUAGAUUGUCCGACUAGAUGGAACUCGACAUACAUGAUGCUUGAAAGAGCUGAGCUCUAUCGUCGUGCUUUUCAGCAUUUGAAGUUGGUUGACAGGAAUUUUGAUCGAUUUUCGUCAGAUGUGGAAUGGGAGAAGAUCAAGAAAAUUAAGAAUAUUUUGAAACCUUUUGAUGAUAUCACUAACCUUUUUUCUGGAGUGCAUUAUCCUACUUCGAAUUUGUACUUUUGCAAUGUAUGGAGGAUUCAGAUGCGGCUAAUGGAGGCAUCUAAAAGUAUGGAUAGUGAUAUUCGAAAUAUGGGUUUAGCAUGAAGCAGAAGUUUGAUAAGUACUGGGACUCCUAUAGUAUGAUCCUCUCCAUAGCAGUGGUUUUUGAUCCACGGUACAAGAUGGAUUCUGUGAGGUUUUGCUAUGAGAAGUUGUAUGGGGACAAUGAUGUUGCUAAAGAAAAGUGUUGUGAGCUUCGAGGGAAGAUAUGUGAUUUACUGAAGUUGUAUGGUGAUCCUACUGAUCAAUCUCAAUCCCUUGCUGAGGAUUUUGCUGAAGAUGUUGACUAUGGAGAUGAUAUGGAUGUAAGUAAACAUGCUUCUCAUUUUUUAUGUUCUUUUAGCUGUGCUACUUGUGCUUGCCCUUGCUGAAUGCAAUUUUCCAGAUGUCAUAUGAGAUUGAUUCCACAGUAAUCAAUCUUAGUGGUAG